GACAGAAUUACCUGGAAACACCAAUUUGGCCACCCUAAUUAGCCAAGUUGGCCAGGAGUCGGAUUAACUUUAAACAUGGAUUUUCUUGUUAAAAAUUAUUACAGUAUUAGUAUUAUGAUGCCAAAAGCAGGUAAAACUACUAUUGUUACCGUAAUUAUAGUGAUAAGGGUUUUUAAAAUUUAUUUUUGCAACUUUUACAACAGCUUCACAAAUUAUUUAUAUAUUUUUUUUAAAUACCACUAUGGUUGCUUCUUGUAAAUAUUAGGGAUUUUGAGCAUGCUAUUCCCCCACCACAUCCCCCAGUAUUUUCUUUGCUUCCAGAUUUUUAUCGGGGAGGGUACGGAAGGGUUUAAAAUGGAGGUGGCUGGAGAUAGAGCAGACGAACUGAGGACAGUUUGGUGGUAAUGGAAGAGAGUUAACUGUGGGGGAAUAAUGUAUAGCCUGGAGAUAAUGCUAUGUUUGGUAUAUCUUGAGUCAAUAUUAAACCACAGUAGAUGAAAAACCUGGCAAAGUUGAUCAAAAGUUGCGUGUACAAGUAAUGGGUGACAAUUGGGCUUCGAAAUUAGAUAUUUUCUCAUCAAAAGCUGUGGAACCUGACAACCAGCGUGUAGCAGCUAACACAGCUAGUAUGUAACUAGUAUGGUCAAAUGUAAUUUCCUUUAAAACUCUGCUAAUUCUUAUAUAAUUUCAACCAUUAUUAUCAUCAUCUGUAUUCAGAUAACAGAGUGUCUGACUGGUUUCUGAUGAGCUCUCCCUUGCCCACCCUUGCUUUAGUGACCUUGUACCUGGCCAUAAUCAUCCAUGGCCAGAGUUUCAUGAAGAACAUAAACCCAUUUGACCUGAAGGGAGUAAUGGUAGUCUACAACUGUGGCCUUGUUAUUCUUUCUGCUUAUAUGUUACAUGAGGUGAGAUUUGUUUACACCAGCGUUGCAAAGUUAGAGUUUCAAAUUUUAAGCUGACCUUAAACCUACUAUGACUAUAGACUAUAGUCUAUAGGCAUAGGCCUACCUUUCUUUCAACAGCAUCUAAUUUGUUUGGAGUGCUAUUUUAAUUUAUUAAUUAUAUUUGUUACGGAUAAAUUCAAAUUAUUACCAGCAUUUUCAUUUACCUAAGAUUUAAUUACAUAACUUGGCUUUUUUUUUUUAAGCCAAGUUAUCAAAUCAUCAACAUUUACUGAUGAUUUGAUCAGAUAACUUGGCUUUUUAAAAAAAAGAAAAAUAAUAAUUAUACUAAUACUAAUACUCACAUUCUAUUCAUAUGGGAAGUAGAAUUCUGUUUGAUUUAUAUAAGUAACAAGUUUGCGAAAAACCAAAUCACAUUUUUUUAAAAAUAAUAUAUAAAUUUUAUGAUUAGAUCUUGUGAUUGACGCCUUGCACUGGUUUUGGUGUCCCAAUAAAAAGUCUCUGAUGAUCUUUUCUUGAGUGCACUUGCUAUGAUUUUCCUGAAUCUCUUUGAUGAUGGCAUUUAAUCUAUAAUAGUUUAAUUUCCUAUAUUUGUUAAUCUUAACUGUACAUUAAUAUUUAAUAUGAUGCUGUUCUAAAAUCCAAUUAUCAGUUUGUCAUGUCAUCCUGGACUGUGAAUGGAUUUAAUCUGCUCUGCCAACCAAUGGAUUAUUCAGAUGAUGUGAACUCUGUCAGGGUGAGUAGCUAAUCAUGGUGGGGAAAAAAACUAUAAUUUUAAAUUUUUAAAAAGUGUUUUAAAGUCAAAGUUCCACUCAUCAUUUUGAAGGGUCAAAAACAGACCAGUAUUCAUUGGUGUCUACGCAGAGGGGUAAAGGGUGGGGGAUAGACACCCCUGGUAGUAAACAUUUGAAGACUUCAUGAAUGAGCCAUACUUUUUAAUUACAUUCAAAAAUAAAUAAUACAUUCUCUCCAAAAACACCAUCAUAUGAUUAUGCCAACAACACCAUUAUAUGAUUAUACCAAAAACACCAUCAAAUGAUUAUGCCAACAAUACUAUCAAUUGAUUAUGCCAAAAAUACCCUCAUCAGUUUGUGUUUACUUACAGCUGGCCGGGGCGUGUUGGUGGUUCUUUAUUUCUAAAUUAAUCGAACUGUUGGAUACGGUGAGUAGGAUCUUUACCUUCUUUUGGUUACGUACAACUUAAGGGUGACAAUUGGGGGGGGGGGGGGGGGCCUCAGUGUUUGAGUAAGCUAGUGUGGGGCCUGUGGUAUAUGUUAAAUGGAGGCCCUAUAUUUAAAAAAUCAAUGAAACAACACAAAGGUAUUUUAACACAUACAUUUUUAAUUUGCAUAGUAACUAUCAUUAUCAAAAGUAACGACACAGUCAAAAUUAUUGUUAAAAUAUUAUUUUUCCACAUUUAACAUGAGCAAAUUUGUGGAUGAUAUUGGAUGUAUCCAUUCCACACACAAGUUUAUGUUCAUAUGUCAAGAUCAUUGUGUAAUGCUCGUAUUAGAAGAUGACCAAAACAUUAUGUAGGUAUUUUUUGGCAUGGGACCUGUAGCAUAUGCUAUUUUGGCUACUACAUUAAUCUGGCUCUGAUGCUGCUAAAGUUAGUUGUAAACCUUUGUUGAUACCAUGGUCAUGUUGUUCACCCAUAUUUGCAGGUCUUUUUUGUAUUGCGAAAAAAGAACAACCAGAUCUCCUUCCUCCAUGUGUAUCAUCACACAACUAUGCCGAUUUUGUGGUGGGUGGGAGUGAAGUUUGUUGCUGGAGGUGAAGGUAAGCUUAAUAUAACAAAACUGUGAUCUAUUGGUUGGCGGUUUUUGUUUUUACUAUUGUGCAGAGAGCACGAAGUAUAUUAGUACUGACAGGAUGUUUGACGUAUAUAAGUACUGACAGGAUGUUUGAAGUAUGUAAGUAUUGACAGGAUGUUUGACCGUAAAACUGUUUGUUUUUUUAAUUUUUAUUUAAGGAAUUCAUCAUGUUUGCAUAAAUAUAUGUGUAUGUGUAUAUCUAAAUUGCAUUAAGUAGUUUUAACAGUCAUCGAAAUAUAUACCCAAUGCCUAUAGAUCGUGGUGAUAGUAAAUUACUUAUAUUUUUAAAAAAAUAGACACAAUCUUGUCUAAAAUCCUAAUGAUUUAUUUGUUGUAUUAAUCCAGUAAAUGUUUCCACCUUUCCUAGCUUAUUUUUCUACCACCUUUAACUCCGGAGUUCAUGUCCUGAUGUACUUGUAUUACAUGCUGUCAGCUGUAGGACCAGCCCUGCAGCCAUAUUUGUGGUGGAAAAAGUACCUUACAACACUGCAGCUGGUAAGUGUUACAGCCUAUGCCUGUGCAUAUUGUGUUUCUUUGCUUUACAUGUUAAGCCUAUGCCACUCAUUGUAGACCCUGUUUUAUAUAAACUUUACCAAUGUGGCAUUAAAGAAGUCUUUACCAUAAGCAAUAUCUGAAAAUAUUAUUUUAAGUAUGAAAAUGUAAUAACUUAAAUCAACUGAAUUGGCUAUCAUUCAACAGAAAUAGUACACAUUAAUUAAUGAGCUAAGCAUAUAGUUAAAACACUAGUUAUUGUAAUUACUAAUACCUUAGUGGCUUUAGGACAUACUUUAUGGGUAGGUCAUGAUAAGCAGGUUGUUAUAAGUAGGCCAUUUAAACUCGUGUUGGUUUUUGUUCCCUACAAGAUCAAAGGUAAAGAGUAUCAUUUGUGAGCUGGACAACAGUUCUCUGUUAAAGCAUGUAACAACUUUAGACAGAGAUUUACAUUUAUCUUACAUAUUAUAUUUAUGAGAUAGAUUAUAUGAUGUUUGUUAAAGGUUAGUCACUCUGUACUACAAUCAACUGGUCAGUGUACAAAUUGAUGCUUUUUUAAUAGAAUCUGACACAUAUUUUUGUGUCCACCAACAGGUGCAGUUCUGGGUUGUGCUAGUCAAGACAGUUGUGGCCAUCGUUGUUGACUGUGGCUACCCAGUUGGCUAUGAAUAUUUCCUGGUGUUUUACAUGGUCUCACACAUAAUCCUCUUUACACAUUUCUACAAGUCCACUUACCACAAACCAAGGAAUAAUCCUAAAUAUCAUGAGAACAACAACAUUCCAGAACCCAAGCAGCCACUCAAAGGCAAUAUCAAAGGGGAGCUUCGGGAACGUAAAUAAAUCUCUCAAGCAGCUCCCAACAGUGACAUUUAGGAUUGAUUUAAAUUCUACUUAAUUUAAACCCAGUUAUUCAGAGAGAUGCUAUAAACAAUGGUUGGCUUGUAACUCUACUUAAUUAAAACCCAGCCAUUCAGAGAGAUACUAUAAACUAGGGUUGGCUUGUGAUGAGAC